GAUGUCGUGGCAAUUCUGCUGACACAUAUCGAAUAUGUAUUGUAAGUCCAAUGAUAACAACAAACCGAUACAGCAUAUUGGGACUAGCGCUUUUCUCUAUGCACUCAUACAAACUUAAUCGGCUUUAUCGUAGUGUAAAUUAAAAAUGUUUGUUUUUUGAAUGAAUUUCCUUGGCACAGUGUGUAAAAAAUCCGCUCCAGUGCAGAACGUUUUUCACUCGAUAGACGAACCACCGACCAAAGAGAUUUAAGUGAAAGUAUAGCAGACACAACAAAAGCAACAAUGACAACAACGAAGAAUCUUGCUCGCAAUAAGAUUUUGUUAUUGUUUGAUGUUGACGGUACAUUGACUUUCCCCCGUGCGGAUAUCGAACCGGAAUUCGAAGAGUUUUUCUACAGCAAAAUCAAGCCGAUAGCUACCAUUGGCAUCGUCGGCGGUUCAGAUUUGGAAAAGAUGUUCGAACAAUUGAACGGACAGAGAAUAUUACAGCAUUUCGACUAUGUAUUCCCGGAAAAUGGUUUGGUGCAAAUCAUCAAGGGUACCGAAGUAGGAAAACAGUGUCUUCACAGGCAUUUGGGCGAGAAAACGUUACAGCGAUUCAUCAAUUUUGUUUUGAAAUAUUUGUCCGAGCUGGAAUUACCGUUCAAGCGAGGAACAUUCAUUGAUUUCCGCAACGGCAUGUUGAACGUAUGUCCGAUUGGCAGACAAUGUACGAGAGAAGAGCGAAAUUUCUUCGCCGAAUACGAUUCGCAGCAUAACAUUCGAAGCACCAUGAUCAAACGGCUGCAGGAGGAAUUCCAUGAUAUUGACCUAACUUACAGUAUUGGCGGACAGAUUAGUAUUGAUGUGUUCCCACGCGGCUGGGACAAAUCGUAUGCCCUGCAAUUUGUCACAAAUGAUACGGAAUUCUCCGAAAUUCACUUUUUCGGCGACAAAACGGAACCGGGUGGUAAUGAUCAUGAAAUUUUCAUUGAUCCGCGAACCAUUGGCCACAAAGUCUCUAAUCCGCAUGAUACGAAGAAGAUAUUGAUGGAAUUGUUUCAGUUGACUGAAUGAUGAAAUGAUGAUGUAAUGUCUGUUAUACUACGUGUACGAUAUAUGACAUGCACCGCAUUCAGAGUCUACAUUUAUUUUGCUUUAUAAUUCCAUUUUAUUUGUAGAUAUUGUCCAUUUCGUUCAGUUUUCAGAGUAAUUUUUAUUUUUUAUUUAAUAAAAUGUUUUUGUUUAACAAAGUAUAAUAAAUGCACUUUAAUCACAACA